AUGACUGUAAUUUAUGUGAUCUGGGCAGUGGCAAUGGCUGCUCUUGCUAUCAUUACUGUUGUUGGUAAUCUUGCUGUCCUACUUUCUUAUUACAUCGACAAAAAUAUUCGCCAACCCGCCAACUAUUUCAUCUUUUCACUCGCCAUUUCGGAUCUUAUGAUCGGUUUGGAAGGAAUCCCAGUCUACACGUAUUUCUUUCUCAACGACAACAAGUGGUAUUGGGGCCCGUUUUUAUGUGACCUAUGGCUAGUUAUUGAUUACACGGUUUGCCUUGCCUCAAUAUAUACAGUACUAGGAAUUACGGUAGACAGAUAUUGCUCAGUAAAGAUGCCAGCAACUUACCGAAAUUGGAGAACAUCAAAACGAGUGAUACUCAUCAUUAUCGCUGUUUGGGUGGUCCCUUGUACUUUGUUCACUGUUUCGAUUUUUGGAUAUGAAACAAUCACCGGAAAAGUUCGAAUAGGCGACGAUAAAUGUGAAGUGCCUUUUAUGACUGAUCCAUAUUUAAAUAUGGGUAUGUACAUUUCUUACUAUUGGAGCACUCUUUUUGUUAUGCUCUAUCUUUAUUGGGGGAUUUAUCGAGCUGCGAAAAAAUUAGCCGAUAAGAGUGAUCAGAAAACAAAAAGAUUGGCUUUACUGUCACAAAUGCGUCGACCACAAAGACCGGAAACGCUUUCAUUGAGAACAAGUGAUGCGGGAAGGACAAGCUCGGACAGUCCACAAGACACAUCUGAUAGUCAACGAUCAAAUAUCAAUAAUAGAAGGCCAUCAAGACCAUCAACGAGACCGACUUUAUCAAAUUCGAAUGAAAAGAAAUCAUCGGCUCCAGCAAGACUCAAUCUACAAAAAGUCGUAGCAAUAAAUAAGAUCUCUGUGGCAACACCAAAUCAUUUGACCAAUCAUUGCAACAAUUUGCAACAAACAAAAAGUGCGCCUGCUGAAUACACAAAUCCUGGAUACAGCUCUGAUCGACCCGAGCGGGUAACGAGAGAAAAAGAAAAAAGAGAAAAGAGUACACCGACAUAUAGAAGUGUGUACAGACAAGAACUAUCUUCAGUUAUCGAAAGAGAAAGCACAGCACCUUGUGUGAGUCCAGAGACUUCAGAUCCCGACGUUGAGCCAUUACCAACACUUGAAUUUAAACCGGAUAUAAGAUUUCCAUUCAUCGAUGCAGACAGCCUUUCGUCGUUAGUUGGAACUGAUGAUUUGAGAAGAAAUGGAAGUGUUUUCCGAAAAGAAACAGUCAUUUUGGAAAAGCAAGAAGAUGAGGAGAAAUCGGAAAGCAAAGAUGAUGAGCGUGACAGUGGAAAUGGAGAAAGUACAGAAAGAGAAGGAAAUGAACUCAUUGAAAGACAACCAUCAAGAACUGUUACGUCAAGAGGCUCAAAUUCGAUGGCUCUUCAUGGUACUCUCUCCACUACAGAAACUCCUCGCAUUGACAUUGAUGAUCAGGUGAUUGUGCCUUUGAUUGCUGUUUCACGGGUCGAAAGUGUGAAAUCGACAGGAAGUCGCAUGAGACGUCUUCUAUCUGCAAUCAGCGGUUUUUGUCAAACGUGUGGGGACUAUCCGACAUUCAACUUGUUCUACUCGAUCUCCUACUAUUUAUGUUAUAUGAACUCACCGAUCAAUCCUUUUUGUUAUGCGAUGGCCAAUCAGCAAUUUAAAAGAACACUAACGCGUAUCUUUAAAGGAGAUUUUCAUCGAGCC